GGUGCUCGGGAGGUGGGGUUCCGCCGCGGUGCAAAAGAGGAGGGAGACCGAGGUGCGACGUGGAAAGGCACUCGUGUCUUUUACAAUAAACAAGUGACACCCAGCCGCACAAUGAGCACAGCCUACCCGCUCUCAGGAGGUACUAACGCCGAGAUGCAGCGCGACGUGAAACCGGACCUCCUGUUGUGUUAGGAAGAAGUCGUCGCCAUGGAGGGGGGGUUGACUAUCACUUUUAUAUCCGUGGCGAUGUUUGUAGGUUCCUUUUUACUUGGAUUCUUCCCGCUGUUGUUCAAGUUCUCACAGAAAAGCCUUCAGUUCGUCUCCAUCCUGGGGGCCGGUCUGCUGUGCGGGACAGCACUUGCCAUCACCAUCCCGGAGGGGGUGGGCUUGCUGGAGGAGUCUUGGAAAGCGUCCUCCUCCUCCUCUGAUGUGCCACCUGGUGUGAAUGCCAGCGACAAAAGUUCCACAGAGACGAGCGCCCCACCCAGGUUCUACAUUGGCGUGGCUUUGACGUUCGGCUUCACCUUCAUGUUUGUCGUUGACCAGAUCGGGAGUUACUUUUCCACGAGGGACCAAACCAGCAGCUCGUAUAACAGCGUCCACAUAACCGCCACGUUGGGCCUGGUUAUUCAUGCUGCAGCUGAUGGGUUCGCUCUGGGAGCUGCCGUAUCCACGGGUCAAGUGACGGUACAGAUCAUCGUGUUUUUCGCUGUGAUUUUACACAAGGCGCCGGCGGCUUUUGGUUUGGUCUCCUUCCUGAUGCACUCGGGCCUCGAAAAGAAGCACAUUCAAGGACAUUUGCUGGCCUUCUCAGCUGCAGCACCUAUAGUUGCCAUCACCACUUACUUCAUAUUACACGCAUCUGGUGGUUCAUCUCAGAACCAGCUCAGCGCCACGGGAGUUGGGAUGCUCUUCUCAGCCGGGACCUUCCUCUACGUGGCCACGGUUCACGUCCUCCCCGAGAUCAGCAACAACAGGUCAGGCCACCCCCCCUCUGACCUGCAGCAGUUCGCUGGACCCGAGGGGCACCAGCACCGACACCUGGGGCUCCUGGAGAGCCUCACUCUCAUCCUCGGCGUGGGCUUUCCCAUGCUGUUGGCUCUCGGGCUGCACGACGACUAAAAUUUCGAACUUUGUGCAAAAAUUAUAGAAGAUUCCCGAGCACUUGUCUGAUGCUUUGCUGCACCACCGGGUGAACACCUGUAUGACACUUAGAAGCUUAGAAGAAAAGAAAUGUGCCUUGGAAGGACAUUUUUUUCUUAGAGCUUAGAGUUUCAGUGAAAGCGCGGCUAUUGUUUGUGUGUCAGCAGCUUUCUAGAGGGUGUAAAGAAUCGGGUGGCCAAUGUGUUGUCCUCAGGAGGCUUAGUUUGCAUUUCAAGAAACCAAAAAGGGUGUCAUUCGCUUUCAUGGUCCUUUGUGUUCAAGGUGAAAACUGGAUAGAUUUACAGGAACAACCAAAAAAUUUUUAAAAAAAACACUCCUUCUUAGAUUAUGAGAGAUCUGGGUCGUACACGUUACCCAGCCGUGUUUGUUCAGUCAGGAGUCCAAAAGCAGGCUCAGAUUUUCUGUUUGCUCUUGUGUCACAGUGGAAUUUACCAGGAGAUAAGAUGUGAAAUUAGUAUUAGGUUUCUUUUGAAGGCGAAAGGUUUUGUAACAUUGCAUCUGGAAAAGCAUUAUUCAAGGAAAUGCAUUUUAAUAUAAAAGUUCAGCACCAAGUCUUUACUUGGUGAAGGUUGUGACAUUCAGCACUUUUUUCACAAUUUAAAAUAGAAAGACAAAGAGCGAGAGCUGCUUAUUUAACCGUGUCUUCAUUUUGUUGUUGUGUUUUGUUGCACUGUUGAAAUCUAUUGUGUUAUACUGACACUUGUUGCUAUGAUUUUGACAACCCUGUUUUAGUCAGUUGGCUAGAUGUUAGUGUUUAAUUCAGUGCAGUUUAACAGCACCAACAGCACAGUUUCAACAUAAACUGAACAUUAUGAGGGUCAUUGAGGAAGAUUUAGUGCAUGACCGUUGUGUUAGAAAGUAUUAGUCUUCACAGGUGUACCUAACAAAGUGAGGUACAGUGAGAACAAAUCCAGCUUUACCGCAUGUUUCAAGUGUCAGACGGUAGGUACUUUAUGUCACCACGGGGUCAUCAUAGUGGGUUAUUACGGACUUAACGAACUAAGGUCACGUAACGUCGAAUGACUCCUGCUGUUUUUCCUUCAGUUCCCUUCUAUAGAGUUCUUAAAAUAUAAAAUAUAUUAAAUUAAAACAUG